GAUUCGGGGAUGGAACCCGGGCGCUGUUUCCCCAUUGGUUGGUGUCUGCCCCGCGUGGUUGCUAGGAGACAGGUGUAAACAGAGCGGAAAGCUGCCGGAGGCGGCAUGGCAACGAACUACAAAGCGGGGCAGUAUGAGGAUGCCUUCAUUGCACAGAAUUUGCAAAACUGGACCCUGCCCAAGCUCUACAAGGAGCACCCCUCUGCCCGGGAAGGCUACACCCAAUUUAUAGCCAAUGACCGAGGACACCUGCUCCCCACAGUGCCACGUUCAAAGGCUUCCCCCUGGGGCACAUUUAUGGGAACCUGGGAGAUGCCACUGAAGAUUCCCCCAGCCAAACUGAACCUGACCUCCCGCUCGGCUGCCGCAGCCUCACGCCUCACCGACUGGAUCCACAAGUCCACUGCACUGACCAGCGCCUGCAACGGCCUCCGCCCGCAGAUCACCGGCAAGCCUCGAGAGCCUGAAUCACACACGCAGCCCACAAAGGAGCUUUCCAGUAAGAACAGCCGGGCAUCUAACAGAGGCUCCCAGGGCCCCAGGUCCUCAGCCAAAAUGCCCCCUGAAGAGGAGGCUUAUCACAAAGGAUCCACCCCCCCCAAGGUCCCACUGUCACGCCAGCCUGGCUGCAUGGAUGUUCGAAUCAAAGGAGCUACCCAGAUCUCAGGUUCGCGCAAGCCAGGCUCAAAGGAGGUGUGGCACAGAGGAAGCGUAUCAUCUGAGGUCCCAUUGUCACGCCAGCCCGGCUGCAUGGAUGUUCGAAUCAAAGAGAUCCCAGCUUCCAACCGCCCUCCUUCAAGGGAAGCUAAUCCCAGGCGAGCCAUCUCCGCCGAAGUCCCAGCUCCAAGUCGACCUGGGUCAGUGGAGGCUAAAGCCAAAGGAGUCAGCUCGCCUGAGCUCAUGGUUUCAUGUUGUCCUGGGUCAAUGGAGGCCAAUUCCAGGGGAGCCAUCUCACAUGAGGCCUUGGCAUCAGGCCGCCCCGGUUCAAAGGCUAGCGAAGCAGCUGAGACCCAGAAGAGGAUGUCAAGGAGGGCAGCAGAGGGGAACGGGAGCAUGUCACCCAAGAUGGAAGGGUCAGCAAGACCCCAGUCCUGCCCUGAAGAAAGAUUUGAGCAAACAUUCAACUGAAGGUCAAAGCAAAUUCUAUGCCCGAGACACGAACGCUAAUGAGACCAAGGACAAACAUCUUGCUCAGCAUUUCAAGCCUUCUGGCCCUUUACUUUCUUCAGUUCUAGUCACCUCUAUCCCCAGGCUGGAGGUGUUUCCUUUCCCUCCAUCUAGUUGUAAAUCUCAACUUUUAAUCCUGUUUGUGAGCUAGUUUCUUUGCGAGUAGGAACUUCCCCCCGGAUAAGAGUGAGCCCAACUGACCCAGCAGUGACACAAUCGACUUCCCAGCCUGUUGAGCCCCAAGGUCGGGGCUCUCGAACCAAGACGCUGCCUCACAGGGACAUUCAGCCAUAUGUACAAAUUGCUUUUCAACCUGAGCGUGGGAACAAAACCAGCCAGGGCUGAUGCCCAGGUUGGCAAGAGGGUGGUUGGUUCUGAAGGAGCCCAAGUGAUGCUGAUGAUUCGACAAUACCAUGUGGCCAGUGUGUGUGUUCAUGGUAAUCAACACAAAAAUAAAACUAAA